AUGCAAAUCUCAUUCCAAGUCAUCGCGCUGGCGCUCCUCGCAUCUUCCCAAGCACUCUCGACUGUCGUCAUCACUGAGCGGGAUGAAGGAACUCUCAUCGAGCGCAACCCAGACCCAAAAGGUGGUCUCUUGAAAGGCGCACUUGGCCUCCUCGCCGGCGUAGCUGCUGCCGCCGGCGCGGCUAAAGCAGGAGGUGCUGGUGCUGCCGCUCCAGCUACACCUGCUACUCCAGCAACUCCUUCUACAGCUCCUGGAGCUUCAGCUGUGGCUAGCACCCGACCACAGUCUUCUGAUGCUGUUGCUCGCAGGAGAGCUCGCAGGCAGCGGGCUGCUGCUAGACAGAACAAACACUAG